AUGGACGCCGGUAAGGAUCAACCGGUGUUGCAAAACACAAAGCUAGGUUGGGUGGUUGCGGGACUAAUUCCGAUUAUGCCGGCAAGUAGAUUAAGUGGCAAUCGUGACAAUAUCACUACUUUACUUUGUUUCGUCGACCACUGCGAGACAUUAAAUCGUAACUUAGAAAGAUUUUGGGAACUAGAAUUCGUGCCGCCCGACAAUGAGCGAAGGUUUUCCGAGGAAGAAUUAAAAUGCGAAAAGUAUUUCAAAUGUACCACAACUCGUAAUAGCGAUGGUCGUUUCACAGUUAGGUUGCCCUUUCGCCGAGACCCGAGCGAGUUGGGCGAAUCAAGAUCGGUUGCGAUUAGGCGGUUAAAUCAAUUGGAGCGUCGAUUCCAGCGUGACAAGAUUUUAUAUGAGCGAUAUUCAGAAUUCAUGCAAGAAUAUUUAGAUCUAGAUCAUAUGUCUUUAGUAAGCGAUAUCAUGCCGGUUGAUCAACAUCCGAUAAUUUACUUACCGCAUCACGGAGUAAUUAAAGAAGCGAGUUCUAGUACGAAAUUGCGCACUGUAUUCGAUGCAUCUAGCAAGACAGAUUCGAAAUUGUCUUUGAACGAUGUACUUUGCGUAGGACCCACGUUGCAACAAACUUGGUUGAAAUAA